AUGGAUAAAUCAAAAAGCUCUAUAGAGAAAGAAUUAAAUAAGAUAAAGCAGGAUGUUAGUUUAAGCGCUUUUAGUAUCCUUUUUAGUGAAAUGGUACAAUAUUGUUUAUAUAAAAGUAAAAGAGGAUAUCGAAUAGAAGAUUGUUUACAUGAAAUGGGUUUACGUGUAGGUUAUAAAUUAAAUGAAUAUUUAACAUAUAAGAAUAAAAUGAAAAGAAGCAUAAAUAUAAUUAAUAUUUUAACUUUUAUAUCUAAACAUGUAUGGAAAUAUUUAUUUCAACAUUCAUCUGAUUUACUUAAAUCUCAAGAUAGUAUUUAUGAAUAUAUGAUAUGUGAUAAAAAUAUUUUAUUAAAUAAAUUUAUAAAUGUACCAAAAGAUUAUGGAAAUAUUAAUUGUGCUGCUUUUGCUGCAGGUAUUGUUGAAGGCUUCCUCUGUAGUUCAGAAUUUCAAGCAGACGUUACAGCUCACACUAUUUAUGAAGGCGAUGAUAAUUAUAACACUACUAUUUUUAUUAAAUUUUAUCCUGAAGUAGUAGAAAGAGAAAAAAACCACUAG